CGUAUACCAUGAGUUUGCGCUUAUUCAUAUGCAUGUUUGCGUAUGUUUUGUAAGUAUAUAAUCUCUCUCUGUUUUUGGAUUUCUGUAAUAGCACAACAUGAAAGUGGUCGAGAUGGAAACCAAAGAUGAAACACUGGAGGCUCUGAAGAAGGAAGCGGUGGAUUUGGAGAACAUAGAGAUUGAGGAGGUUUUUGUGAAUCUGCGAUGUGGAAGAGAAGGACUGACGGCUGAGUUUGCUGAGGAGAGACUUAUCAUUUUUGGGUACAACAAGCUUGAGGAAAAGGAGGAGAGCAAGAUUUUGAAGUUCUUAAGUUUUAUGUGGAAUCCUCUCUCAUGGGUCAUGGAAGCUGCAGCAAUUAUGGCCAUUGCACUUGCUAAUGGAGGAGGAAAACCGCCUGAUUGGCAAGAUUUCAUCGGGAUCAUUAUCCUUCUUUUGAUCAAUUCGACCAUAAGUUUUGUUGAAGAGAACAAUGCCAGCAAUGCUGCUGCAGCUCUCAUGGCUCGUCUUGCACCUAAAGCAAAGGUUCUUCGAGACGGGAAAUGGAGCGAGAAAGAUGCAGCUGUUCUUGUUCCAGGUGACAUAAUUAGUAUCAAACUUGGGGAUAUAAUUCCUGCUGAUGCUCGUCUCCUUGAUGGUGAUCCAUUGAAAGUAGACCAGUCUGCUCUGACUGGUGAGUCCCUUCCUGUGACAAAAGGCGCUGGGGAAGGGGUUUAUUCAGGGUCCACUUGUAAACAGGGAGAGAUAGAAGCGGUGGUAAUUGCCACUGGUGUCCACACAUUCUUUGGAAAGGCUGCUCACCUUGUGGACUCUACGAAUCAAGUUGGCCAUUUUCAGAAGGUCUUGACUGCCAUUGGGAAUUUCUGUAUAUGUUGUAUUGCUGUGGGGAUGAUAAUAGAGAUCAUCGUGAUGGUCCCAAUUCAACAUCGGCCAUAUCGCCAAGUAAUUGACAAUUUGCUGGUCCUCCUUAUCGGAGGGAUCCCCAUUGCCAUGCCGACAGUGUUAUCAGUGACAAUGGCAAUUGGUUCCCACCGCUUAUCUCAGCAGGGAGCCAUCACAAAAAGAAUGACAGCAAUUGAAGAAAUGGCCGGCAUGGAUGUGCUUUGCAGCGAUAAAACUGGAACUCUGACAUUGAACAAGCUGACAGUUGAUAAAAGUCUUAUUGAGAUCUUUGCUAGAGGAGUAGAUGCAGAUACUGUAGUUUUGAUGGCUGCCAGAGCCUCCAGAGUGGAAAACCAAGAUGCGAUAGACGCUGCCAUUGUGGAGAUGCUAUCCGAUCCAAAGGAGGCACGGGCAGGCAUUCAAGUGAUUCACUUCCUCUCAUUUAACCCCACUGAUAAGCGGACAGCUCUGACGUAUAUUGACAUUGAAGGUAAAACGCAUAGAGUCACCAAAGGUGCACCGGAACAGAUACUCAACCUCGCACACAAUAAAUCAGAAAUUGAGCGGAGAGUUCAUGCUGUUAUUGAUAAGUUUGCAGAGCGAGGGUUACGAUCUCUUGCAGUAGCUUACCAGGAAGUUCCUGAUGGAAGGAAGGAGAGUCAAGGAGGUCCAUGGCAAUUUGUUGGCCUCAUGCCUCUCUUUGACCCACCUCGACAUGACAGCGCAGAUACCAUAAGGAGGGCUUUGAAUCUUGGAGUAAAUGUUAAGAUGAUCACAGGUGAUCAACUGGCAAUAGCAAAGGAAACAGGACGCCGAUUGGGUAUGGGAAUCAAUAUGCAUCCAUCAUCUGCCUUGUUAGGACAUAACAAGGAUGAGUCAAUUGCACAUUUUCCAGUUGAUGAGCUUAUUGAAAAGGCUGAUGGUUUUGCUGGCGUUUUCCCAGAGCACAAAUAUGAGAUUGUAAAACGUCUACAAGCUAGAAAACACAUAUGCGGAAUGACUGGUGAUGGAGUUAACGAUGCUCCUGCCCUUAAAAAGGCUGACAUUGGCAUAGCUGUUGCUGAUGCAACUGAUGCUGCUCGUAGUGCUUCUGACAUAGUCCUGACUGAACCUGGCCUUAGUGUUAUCAUCAGUGCUGUCCUAACUAGUCGCGCAAUCUUCCAGAGGAUGAAAAACUACACGAUAUAUGCAGUUUCUAUAACUGUCCGUAUUGUGCUUGGUUUUAUGUUACUCACCCUCAUAUGGAAGUUUGAUUUCCCUCCCUUCAUGGUGCUGAUCAUUGCCAUCCUCAAUGAUGGCACCAUUAUGGCAAUAUCAAAGGAUAGGGUGAAACCAUCUCCUCAGCCUGAUAGAUGGAAGCUGGCAGAGAUCUUUACAACUGGAAUUAUUUUUGGUAGUUACUUGGCCAUGACGACGGUCAUCUUCUUCUGGGCAGCAUACCAGACUUCCUUCUUUCCUCGUGUAUUUGGGGUUCCGUCUCUCCAAAAAAUGGCUCAUGGUAAUAACUUGAGGAAGCUUGCAUCGGCAGUUUACCUACAAGUGAGUAUCACCAGUCAAGCCUUGAUAUUUGUCACACGCUCUAGGAGUUGGUCUUUCCUUGAACGUCCGGGCCUUUUGCUUGUGGCAGCUUUUGUUGUUGCUCAGUUGAUUGCAACACUGAUUGCCAUUUAUGCAAAUUGGAGUUUUGCUGCUAUUGAAGGGAUUGGAUGGGGUUGGGCUGGGGUGAUUUGGCUUUACUGUCUUGUAAUCUACAUCCCCCUCGAUUUUAUUAAGCUCGCCAUCAGAUAUGCACUGAGUGGGAAAGCUUGGGAUCUGAUGUUUGAGCAAAGGAUUGCUUUCACAAGGAAAAAGCAUUUUGGGAAGGACGAACGCGAGCUUAAAUGGGCACAAGCACAGAGGACCCUCCAUGGGCUGCAUCCUCCCGAGACCAAGACCAUGUUUGGUGAUCAUGGUGCUUAUGCAGACCUUAAUCAGUUGGCUGAAGAGGCGAAAAGACGAGCUGAGAUUGCAAGGUUGAGGGAACUGCAUACACUCAAAGGCCAUGUUGAAUCAGUCGUGAAGUUGAAGGGCCUCGACAUCGAUACAAUUCAGCAAUCGUACACUGUUUGAGGGAGAUCACAGCUUUACUUGUAGCUAUACUUCGAUACAUAUAGAAUGUUUUUUAUUCUGAUGUAUCAUAGAGAAAUGGAUGUAGACGUUUGGCUGUGCCAAUUCCUUGUCCUUCGUUGUACGCCUUCUGCAGUUAUUACAGAUUCCUCUCCCUUGAUUUUCCGCCAAACUCUACGAACUUGGUUGGGAUGUGGUUUUGCCAUGUUUUAUGUAAUGGUUUUCUUGAG